CUGUGCAGCCCCUUGUCCCCCUGCUGCUGGGGCCACCACGUGUGCCUGAGUCCCGGGGAGCAGCUGGAGGCUGGGGACAGAGGAGCUGUGUGCCCAGAGGUGCUGACACAGCUGAGGCAGGCGCUGGUGCUGCCGCUGCUCCUGGAGGCCCAGAGCGGCUUCCCCCCCCCCCCGCCCAGAGCGGCUUCCCCCUCCCUGCCAGGAGCCAGCGGGACCUGCCGGGGCCUGCAGCAGCCCAGCCACCCCCGGGGAGGCAGUGGGCGGCUGAGGCAGUUCCUGCGUGUGACACACCAGCCCCGCGAGGGUGCUCCAGAUGGCUACCAGGCGGGGAGCAUCAGUGGCCCCAGCGUCGCCUCAGCACCACAGGGCUACCAGGCGGGGAGCAUCAGUGGCCCCCAGCGUCGCCUCAGCACCCCACAGGCAUCACGCUGGCUCCAGCACUGGGAUGCAGAGCCAGGAUCCGUCCUCGCCAUCGCCAGCGCUCUGGCAAAGCCUGAGCUGUCAGAAAUUGAAGGGGCUGCCUGUGGGAUGGGGGAUCUCCCCCAGUGUGGGGUGCAGGGGGACACCUGGCAGCUCAGGCUCUCCCUGCACCUGGGACUCACCCCAGACUGGAGUCUGGGGGAGAUCGGGGAGGGGUCUGGGGGCUCUGGGGGGUUCCAGACCCCAGGGGCAGCUGUGCCUGACGUGGCUCUGCUCUGCUGUCCCAUUGCAGAGAGGACGGGGAAGGUGCUGGGCGAGUUCUGCCGCUGCUACAGGGAGCAGUUUGGGGUGGCUCUGUUCAACAGCGUGCGCUACGAGAUCGAGGGCGCGGGGGGCCCGCAGGCACAGCUGCUGCACCGCAAGGUGCCACUGGAGGACCACGUCAUCUACUCAGGCAACAUCUUCCAGUACAUUGAGGAGAACAAGAAGUGGAGGAAUCGCUUCUGCGUGGUGCCGCACAACUAUGGGCUGGUGCUCUACGAGAACAAACUGGGCUAUGAACGGGAGCUGCCGCCCCGGGUGCUGGUCAACAGUGCUGGCUACAAGGUCCUCACCUCCGUGGAGCAGUACCUGGAGCUGGUCAACAACAGCCUGCCUGGCGUGACCCCGAAAUCUGGGCACUCCCCCAUCGUGAAGUGCCCCACGGAUUUCCCGCUGCUGCUGUGGCACCCCUACGCCCGGCACUACUAUUUCUGUGUGAUGACGGGCAAGGAGCAGGAGAGGUGGCGGGCGGUGUUCCAGGACUGCGUGCGGCACUGCAACAACGGUGGGUGACACCUGGCACACAGCACCGCCCUCCUGCCCCGCCCAGGCACCCUGCAGGGGCCAGCCUGAGGCUUUGGGUGGAGGGGAUGGCGUGGGGCUCAAUGAGGAGGAGUUGGGUGGGAGUAAUUCUGGAGAAGGGAAGGAUUUGGGAGAUCCUUGCAGGACCUCCGGGAGAGCCGGAGAGGGAUUUGAGACAAGGGGUGGAGGGACAGGACACAGGGAAUGGCUCUUCCAGGAUUAGAUGGGAUAUUGUAAAGUGCUGGAAUGCUC